AUGAAACAUUUGAUUCAUAUUACAGAAUUUGUUGUUGUUUCCAAUUUGGAAAAUCGAAUUAUAGAUGCUGGAAUUAACAAAGCUGAAAAUUGGUGGAAAAAUCGGCAUAAUCACAGUAAAUCACAACAAAUUUCUGAAAUGACGUCAUCUCCAAUAGUUGAAAAAUCUGGUCAACUUAUCAUAGAAAUUCUUCGUACACAAGAUUUACAUGAAUCCCGAUCAUCAAUGUUGACUACAACUUCAUUCAAACGUCCUUAUGUCAUUAUUGAAUGUAAUAAACAACGUUUUCAAACAACGCAAGCUGAUUCAAAUUCAACAAAUCGAAAUUCAUAUUGGACAUCAGGUAAUGGUCCAUUUUGUUUUAAUAUUUCUAAUUUAAAUAUGGACUAUUUGACUAUAUGGGUUCAACAACAAGAUCGACUUCGGGUUAUCAAAGGAAAUGAAUCAAAAAUGUUAGGAAUGUGUGAAAUAAAUAUUAGUCAAUUGAUUCAUCAAGAACAAGUUUGGUUACCAUUAAGAAAAGAUAAUAGACCUGCUGGACAAAUUUUAUUACAAAUUGUCUUUAUUCCAAAGGAAGAAUCAUCGCGAUAA